CACCGUGGAAAGAUAUAUGAAUGAUAACGUUACAGUGGUUCAUUUAUCUGAACCAGAGCUCAAGCGACAUGGUCUUCAAACCAAUCCACUCCUUCAUCGUUAUCCUCCUCGUCCUCUCCGCCGGUGACCAAAUAUCCGCCGGUGAUGAGCGGGAGCCGGUUCCUGCGGUAUGGCCGGAGCAGUUUCACGCGUUGAUGUUGAUGAACAAAUCUGGAUCCUUGGAGAUUGUGGAUCUUUGGUAUGACUGGGUCAAUGGACGUAACUUUAACAUCAUUCAGAAGCAACUUGGUAAACUCACUUAUGACCUCGAAUGGAACAAUGGCACUUCUUUCUACUACACUCUCGACGCUUCUAAAACUUGUCGCACUGUUCACUUUGAGGUUGGAAUUUUGAGGCCAAAUUGGCUAGAUGGAGCAAAGUAUUUGGGUCAACGACAUGUAAAUGGUUUUUUAUGCAACGUAUGGGAGAAAGUUGAGUUCUUAUGGUACUAUGAAGAUGUUGUCACCAAGAGACCUGUACAAUGGAUCUUCUAUACAGGUAGAGAAGCUCAUGUGAUGACAUUUGAUGUUGGAGCUGUCCUAGAAGACGAGAAAUGGCAGGCUCCUGUCUAUUGUUUCCACACUGAGAAGAAAGAAGUACAAUGAGUAAUAGAUUUUGUGUUUCAUUAUAUGUAGAGUUUUGGACAUCUUUUGAAUAUAUAUCAACCGUUCAAUAAGGAGGUCAUUUUCGUUUUGUUGUCAAAUUCUUGGAGGAUAAAUAAAAAAGUAGAUGUCUU